UGAAGCACUUUAGUUAGGUCAAGUCAAACUUGUAUUCCCGUUUAUCACCUUGGGCUUGAAAACGAAUAUCACGUGAAGGCACGUGUUAACUCACAACAAUUCACAACAAGACACGCGAACCACAAAAUGUCGGUAUUACCCUUUAGACUUAUCUGGCGGAAUAUAUCAAACGUUGCCGCCAAGGCGCCAACUUUAUUACUUCCCUCGCUUCCCCCACGCCAAAAUUUAAGUCCAAAUGACGAUAAUACCCUUCAUCUUCCCCAACAAGCCUCUCGAAAAUUUCAAAACGUUUCGACGGCUCCCUCCCUCCACCCUUUCCCUCUCCUCUUCAAACCCUUUCGCCUCCAUCAUAAAUAUUCAUCCCUAGAUCUCAAACUCAAACCAUCAAUCACAUCUUCAAUCAUCAACCUCUUCCCCUCGAAAUCAUCAUCAACAAACAUGCCUUCCAUGGCAGAAGAGCCGCUCCUAACCCCAACCCCAGACAGAUUCUGCAUGUUCCCGAUCCACUACCCUCAGAUCUGGGAGAUGUACAAGAAAGCCGAAGCCUCCUUCUGGACCGCCGAGGAAGUCGACCUCUCCCAAGACACCCGCGACUGGGAGACCAACCUCAACGACGGCGAGCGCCACUUCAUCAAACACGUCCUCGCCUUCUUCGCCGCCUCCGACGGAAUCGUCCUCGAGAAUCUCGCCUCCCGGUUCAUGUCCGACGUGCAGGUCUCCGAGGCGCGUGCCUUCUACGGGUUCCAGAUCGCGAUUGAGAAUAUCCACUCGGAGAUGUACAGCCUCUUGCUAGAUACCUACAUCAAGGACAACAAGGAGAGGGACCAUCUCUUCCGCGCGAUUGAGACCAUCCCUUGCGUCGCGAAGAAGGCCCAAUGGGCCUUGAAGUGGAUCGAUGGAUCUCAGACUUUCGCAGAGAGGAUCGUGGCCUUCGCGUGCGUGGAAGGGAUCUUCUUCUCCGGAAGCUUCUGCUCCAUCUUCUGGCUCAAGAAGCGAGGGCUCAUGCCGGGGCUCACCUUCUCCAACGAGCUGAUCUCGCGGGACGAAGGCCUUCACUGCGACUUCGCGUGCCUGAUCUAUACCUUGUUGAGGACGAAGCUAUCGGAGGAGCGCGUGAAGUCGAUCGUGUGCGACGCGGUGGAGAUCGAGAGGGAGUUUGUGUGCGACGCGCUUCCCUGCGCGUUGGUGGGGAUGAACCGGGACUUGAUGAGUCAGUAUAUUGAGUUUGUGGCGGAUAGGCUUUUGGGUGCGCUUGGGUACGGGAAGGUGUACGGUGUGGCGAAUCCGUUUGAUUGGAUGGAGUUGAUCUCGCUUCAGGGUAAAACGAAUUUCUUCGAGAAGAGGGUUGGUGAUUACCAGAAGGCUUCCGUCAUGUCUAGCGUUAACGGAAACGGCGCGUUUGAUAACCAUGUGUUCUCGCUAGACGAGGAUUUUUAGAUUUGAUUUAAUUUAGUUGUUGUUACAGUUUGAUCCCUUGUAAUAUUCCGUGUAUGUUCGUAUUUUUUAAUUAAUGGAAUACUAUAAGCUUUAUCUCUACUUUUCCCCA